AUGGCGCAAAAGCUUUCUGUCUCAGAUGACAAGGGACGUUCAAGCACCCCUGUGGUCUCAGAGGCGCGAGGGGCCACCACGAUUCAUGUCGUGCCUCGUGGUGAAGAGGUUGCAGAUGACUCCUCACUCGAGAACGAGAUCGUCGGCUACGAUGCCGAGCGCAUGAAAGCUCGCACUCUCUUGACCGAGGCUGAAGAGAGGAAACUUAUGCGAAGAGUCGAUUGGCAUCUCAUGCCAUUGUGCAGUAUCAUGUUCUUACUCAAGAAUAUGGACUAUCAGAACGCGGCCAAUGCUCGAAUCAUGAACAAGGGAACUCAUCAAAACAUCCUAACCCAACUACAUAUGAGCUCGAACGAUUACAACUUCAUCUCUACCAUUUACUAUAUACCCUAUAUCAUCUUCGAGGCCCCGAGCAACUUAUUUAUUAAAAAGAUGCUUCCUUCUAGAUGGCAGUCGCGGAUUGUGGUCUCUUGGGGUAUUGCGAUCGCCUGCCACGCUGCGGUUACCAGCAAGGGUGGACUCUAUACUGCUCGCUUCUUCCUCGGAAUGUGUGAAGCAGGCAUGUUUCCUGGUGUAUUACUGCAAAUGGUUUACUGGUACCGACCCGACGAGAUGUCGAUCCGCCUACUCUACUUUUAUGCCUUGGGAAACUUCUCCAAUGUCAUCAGUGGCGUGUUGGCGUAUGCCUUCGACACAAUCUCUGGGAGGGAUGGGCUCUCUGGUUGGCAAUGGCUAUUCCUCGUCGAGGGAGUCAUCACAAUUGCGUUCGGCAUCUUGCUGUUCUUCCUCUUGCCAGACUUCCCGAAACAAGCUAAAUGGCUUAGUGACAAGGAGAAGGCAUUCAUCCAAGCACGUUUACCCGCAAACGCCCCGCGAGCAGAAGAACUAAAUUUCAGCUUCCGCGAAAUUGUCACCGCCUUGAAGGACAAGAGGAUGUGGUUGUUUACGCUCGUCUGGGCAACGAUGACUGUUGGCACGACGGGUCUGACGUUCUAUCAGCCGACUGUCAUUGCGAACUUGGGAUUCACGUCAAUUGCGAAAAGCCAGCUCCUGAAUAUACCUACCUCAUUCCUCUCCAUCAUGAUAAUUGCUAUCUCAGGCUACUUCGCGGACAGUGCGUGGUUGCCUCGCCCUAUAAUCCCGCUGGGGUUCCUCGUAUCCAUCUUAGCAUGCUACAGCGUACUGUAUACGUUUCCCAACAACGGUGGCGUCUAUGCAGCGACCGUCCUGGCCAACUCCUUUGCGCAGAGCUGGUACCCAUUGAUGUGGCCGUGGCGGGUUCAAACCACCUCUCGUGCAACGGGGUCCGCGUUCGCCAUUGGGUUUGUCAACAGCUAUGGCCAGAUUGGUGGAGCAAUUGGGCCACAAAUCUUCCAGUCCAAAUACGCACCACACUACACUGUGUCAUUUGCUAUUGCUAUGGCGGUCAUCGGCGCCUGUAUCCUGGUCACCAGCGUUACGUGGUGGAUUACUAGGGAGACCGAACGGCAGACGAGGAGGAUCAAGAAGUUGCGUAUGAAAGCUGCCAAGAGGGGAGAGUCGGUGUUGGAUGAUGUGGAUGCGAAUGCCGAUGUAAAGAGAAAGGAAGAGAUGCGCGAAGCAGCUUAA